GUGUUUGAUUGGUAUGAUAUAACUACACGAGGACCCGGUAUAAACUUCAUGACCCGGAAAGAUUUAUGAUAGCUACAUGUCAUUUUCAUAUACGCCUAACCAGGCUGAAGGCUAUGAUUGAAGUUAUGUUGCCGAUCCAGAUUGUGUUCUACACAUCGGUUGUCUAAAACACCCCUCCCCUUCCUCCCCUCACUUCAUUUGCUUUCCAACAACUGACGGCAGUCAAGAGGCCACUGAACCCAAAUUGCAGAAGCCCUAAUUAAGAGGAAUGGGGGUGAAUGUUCCGAGAAUCAAGCUGGGGUCGCAGGGGCUCGAGGUCUCCAAACAAGGCCUCGACUGCAUGGGCAUGUCAGCCAGCUAUGGCCAGCGGAAGCCCGAAGAUGAGAUGAUCCAAUUUAUACACCACGCCAUCAACUCCGGCGUCACGUUUCUCGACACCUCCGACGCCUACGGUCCCCACACCAACGAAAUUCUUAUUGGAAAGGCUUUAAAAAGGGGUUGAGGGAGAAAGUGCAAAUUGCUUCAAACUGGUUCCUUUUCUGCUUCGUAUUGUGCCAUAGGUUUCAUCAUUUAAAUUUAGUUAUUUUGUGGUUUGUAACUUGAAAACUCAUCUCCAAUUCGAUGAUGUAUGGAAAUUUUAUUUUACAAAAAGUGGAUAGCAAAAUUAUGUAUUUCAAACUCAUCUCUAAUUUGAUGAUGAAUGGAAUUUACAUGCUAUGUUUAUGAGGGCAUAUUUGUCAAUCAGUGUUACUAUCAUGGUUUUGUAGUAGCCCAACCAAAGACCAAAUAAGUUAUAUGAUUAUCACUAUCAGCCCAAACAAACGUCCGAUUGAGAUAUAAUACUAUCAACACUAUCAUGUGAAACCCUAUACAACUACCCUAUCAUACACAAUACUCUCAUACCAAUCAAACGAACCCUAGGUACAGAAACACAUUUAGGUUCAUUCACUUUAUAAGACAGCAAAUCCUAGGAUAUGAAGAGUGGAUGGAUUGGUUUCAAGCACACACCUAUGUGAAUAUUUGUAUGCAACUAUGCAAGUAGAUUUGCAAGAGAAGCAUUCGCACACACUGUAAAAUUUGCCAUCUCUCCAACAAGAAAAUUUGAGAAAUGAAGAUAGCAAUCACAAGAAAAGGGGUGGAAAAGCAAACUGCAACAACCAAUAUUGAUACUACAAGUAAACAUAGAUGUUGCUUGUCUCUAGUAAAAACUAACUAGUUCAACAAAGUUACAAAACUGAAUCGAACAUAACACUUUCACAACCAUGUCUUAAUGGAUAUUAAGUGCAAAGUUUUCAACUUUUCCUAACACUACACACACUCACCACUAGGCACUAGUCAGAUUAUUUUUCCUAACCGGAAAACUGCCUUUGCUUUACUCAACAAUCAACAAGUGCAUAUUCUUGAAUCAUGAUCCUAAUUUGUUACACUCAACAAGAGCAUUUCCUCGAACCUUGAUCAUGAUUCUAAUCUUUCAUACUCAACAAGUACAUGAUCAUGAUCCUAAUUGAGCAAGUGAAUUUUAUGUAUUGGAUAUCAAAAGUUUAGGCAUUAACUCAUAGCACUGUAAAUAGAGUAACACAUAGUAUUACCACAUUUGCUAU